UGAGCAAUCGUGCUUACAAUUAGUAGACUGGUAACUAAUGUUACUAUUCUAAGUUACGAAAGUUCUUCAGAGUUGAAAACAUUUUUGCUUUUCUAAAGCUACCAAUUUAACUAUAUCCAUUUGCUUUUCAUUGAUGAACGUAUUAAGCCAUUCCAUUUGUUUACGAAGUUUCUAUUUAUCGUCUUGUCCAAAAUGAAGCGAUUUUUACAAGGAUUAUCUGGUACAUCGAAUGCGUUUGUCGGCAAGACUUACAGAAUAGGACGAGUUGAAUGUACUAUUGACGACCAAAUUGCUGAAGGUGGUUUCUCUCUUGUUUUUGUUGUCAAAUCAAACAAUGGCAAGCAUUAUGCUUUGAAGCGUAUAUCUGUAAAUAAUAAAAAGGAUCUUACCAUUGGCAAAUUUGAAAUAGCAAUAAUGAAAAAACUUUCACAACAUAAGAACAUUAUUACAUACGUUGAUUCAUCCAUCACAGAAGUCAAUCAUGGUAUCUUUGAGCUGUUGAUCUUAAUGGAAUAUUGUCGUGAUGGUCAUGUUAUUCAACUGAUGAAUGAGAACUUUAACAAAGGACUUAGUGAAGACAUUAUCUUGAGGAUUUUCACUGAUGUUUGUGAAGCUCUGGCAGCAUUGCAUCAUUCACAACCCCCAAUUGUACAUAGAGAUCUGAAGGUUGAAAACAUUUUAAAGAAUUCAUGUGGAGAUUUCGUUCUCUGUGAUUAUGGAAGUGCCACAACAACGCCUAUUAACCCCAAGGAAUGCAAUUUAUCUGAGGUUGAAGAGGAAAUACAACGUUUUACAACUCAGUCGUACCGUGCACCUGAAAUGGUCGACUUGUACAGCGGAAAAAUUAUCUACACAAAGUCUGAUAUAUGGGCUCUUGGCUGUCUUCUCUACAAACUGUGCUUUUAUACAAUGCCCUUUGGUGAAAGUGUACUUGCAAUCCAAAAUGGCCAGUUUACUAUUCCCGAAAGCUCUAAAUAUUCCAAGGAAAUACACAAUCUCAUACGUUACAUGUUAGAACCAGAUCCUGAUAAUCGACCAGACAUUUAUCAAGUAUCAUAUAUUGCAUUUCAACUUCGUAAAAUAAAUUGUCCUGUACAUAAUCCAUCGCAUUCGUACGCUCCAAAACAACUGACGGAGGAUGUUAGUAAAUCUGCUACGACUGGCAAGUCGAGUGUAAUCAGACCAACCCUCGAACCAGUCUCCACCUCCGUAAAAGCACGAAAUCGUCCGCGUGCCGGGGCAGUUUCUCCGGCUACCGGUAACACUGAUGUGUCGUCACGUGAUGCGUCGUCAAGCGUGGAGUCUGGGACUCUCCUACAACAAGCCUUGUCUUUCGAUAAGCCCGACUCUUUAGGUAUAAAAAACCAACCUGUGCAAGGCACCUACUCGAGCUCGAGCUCCACGUUAUUAACUACAUUUGACCAAAGGUAUAUUAAAGACUCCUCUCCUGAAUUUACACACACUCGUUCUCGCUCGGAUCCCUCGUCUAUCCAAAAGAAUGUAAAUAUGACUCAAAGUACUGUUGGGUUUGCCGUUCAUCAACCACAUGUUAAUGCAAUUCAUCAUUCAAAUCAUUACCAACAACCGCACAUGACUUCCUCUCAAACACAAUAUGAAGAAGAACGAAAGUUUCCCCAAUGGAAUCCGUUCACUAACGAUUUUGUUUUAAACACUGAAACAUGCGAUGAAGAUUUUGCUGCUCUUCGGCCUGGUCCUUCGCCUGCUUCACAAUUUAUUGCUGGUAGUUCUCAAAGACAUUUUCCAAACAAUUCUGUGAAGAUUCCAAUUGAUGCUCGGGUUUCUGAAAGCAACAAAAAUACUGGUGAAUUUGAGGUUUUUGACUCGUCACGACAGAAAAACGCGUUUUUUGACGGAUCAUUUAACGCUGGCUGUGAUACUGACGAGAUGUCAGCUAACUUUAAUCGAGGUACGACGCUUCACAAAACGUCUCACAGUGCUCACCGGGAAGAAAACGACGGUUAUUGCGUAUUUGAAUCAGCACCGUUUAGGAAACCAAUGACAAAUACACCAUUUUCAAAGACCGCACCCCCCUUUGUUGACGUGGAAAGGGAUCCAUUUGGUGCUGUCCCAUUUAAACAAAAGGAAGCUGCAAAAUUAGCUCGUAGACAAGCUAGAAGGAGCCAAAAGGAACAACAAUCUAGUGGAGAGUCCCGCGGGCUUCAACAGACCGUUCCUAAUAUGGCACGCAGGUAGUGCAGGUUGGACUCUUCAAUAACACAACUAAUGGAAAAAUUACAGUUUCAUCGAAACCGCUAAACUUACGAACCUUUGGCUUAGUGAAACGGAAUUACACUGGCAUAAUUUCUUGUCCAGUCAAAAAUAUAGUAUGCUUCCAAAAUAUAAUUUCUUUCUUUCACUUUGGGAUGUGUAUUAGGAAUUCCACAUCUCGUUUUGAGAUACAUAAAAUUAUUCUUUAUUCCUUGAGAUUUGAGAAUAUGAUUUUUGUUCCGAGAAAUACUGUAGCCAACUAAGGAGGUCUGGUAACGAAUAAGUACUCUGUGGAUAAUGUUUACAAAGGAAGUUCAUAUGCCUUAUUAUUCGUAAAUUUGAAAAGUUGUAAAAUAUUUUCUUUAAAUAUCUCGUCUGUAUUUUUAUGAAGUUAAUAAAUGAUCGAUUUUAAUUUGCACGAAAA